AUGGACGAAAAAGCAGACCGUUCUCAACCUGAAUACUCGCCUAACCCGGCAGAGUCUAUUGAAGUCGACGAAGAAAUCAAGGAAGAUGAGACAGGUGACGGGGUAGACGGUGUAUCACGGGAGCUGUACAAGGAGAUGCGCUCUAUUUGUGAUUCCCUCUCGAACCAUCGCAUAGCCAUCAAAGGGGACGAAGACUACUACCCUUCUGCCCUUUUCCGCCGCAUACCCAAUAAGCGAAACCUGCCCGAAUACCAUACCAUCAUACCAGAGCCACGGGCUAUCAGUACUCUCAAACAUAAAAUACAAACCAAGAAAUACACAAGUUUCGCAGAAUACGUUCGGGAUUUUGCGCUAAUUGUGCACAAUGCGCAGGUGUUCAAUAGACCCAAUUCCGGCCCUGUCAAGGACGUGCUUGUGCUCAAGGCUCUUUUCGAGCAGGAGCUGGCUCGGCUGGUUGAGCGAGGCCUGAUUUCCAAAGAGGAUACAAUCUUUCCAGAUCUUGGCGAGAUUCCUGAUGCUACUCCUGAGCCUGAUCCAGUAACCGAGGACGAGGAGGAGGGGGAAGAUGAUGCGGAAGGAGAAGAUGAUGAUGAAGACGACGAGCCUGAUGAUUCUGAUGAAGAGGGAAAGGGAAGGCGAAGGAGAAGGGGUGGCCGGCAAAGCGGAGCAGGUCGAAAGCGAGACAGAUCUGAGGACGCUCAAAAAGGAGGUGAUGGUGAUGCAAGAAAGAGACGCGGACGUCCUCCUCGGGUAGAUACGCCAAUGGAGGCUCGCAUCAAGUCAGUUUUGAAAGGCAUUCGCAAGUUCAGGAGCGAUGCCGGACAUUUGAAAAUCCUUCCAUUCGAACGACUGCCAGACAAGACACAAAAUCCUGGCUACUACAUCGAAAUCAAAGAACCUAUUGCAGUUGAUCUGAUCAAGCGUAAGGUGAAGAGGAAGAAGUACCAGUCACUGGAGCAUUUUAUGAAGGACAUGGAGGUGAUGUUUAAUAAUGCGAUGCAGUAUAACGAAGACGAGAGUGACAUCUACAAAGAUGCCAAAGAGCUCUGGGAGGAAGCACAGAAAAUUGCUGAAGCAGAGAGGCAGAGGCCAGAUACCGAAUAUCUGUUGGAGGAUGGCAGGUUACCUUUACCGAAUGGCAUCCUUCAUAACAAUGAAUUGUGGAAGGUCGGCGACUGGGUCCACAUUCAGAAUCCUAACGAUGUGACAAAGCCAAUCGUUGCGCAAAUCUACCGGACGUGGCAAGACACGGAGGGCCAGCAAUGGGUCAAUGCCUGCUGGUAUUAUCGUCCGGAGCAGACUGUUCAUCAGUAUGAGAAGCACUUCUAUGCGAACGAAGUGGUCAAGACUGGUCAGUACAGAGAUCACCACAUUGAUGAAAUAGUUGACCGCUGCUUUGUGAUGUUCUUCACCAGGUACAAUCGAGGACGACCCCGAGGACUGGAUGCAAGCAAAGAAGUAUAUGUGUGCGAGGCUCGAUACAAUGAGGAGAAGCAUAGGCUCAACAAAAUCAAGACCUGGGCAAGUUGUCUUCCAGACGAGGUACGAGAGAAGGACUACGAGAUGGAUAUGUUUGAUGCUCCCAAAAGGAUCAAGAAGAUACCGAGUCCUAUCAAACAUCUCCUCAAGGAUGAUGCGAAGGAGACAGAUGAGCUCCCAUCGCCUCAAUGGGGGCGUGAGAAUGCUCCUCCCAUUGUUGGAGCUGUCCAUUGCCAGCCUCGGGAUGAAAAUCAAUCGCCGCCACCGGAGCCAACUCCUCCUCCACCACCAACUCCACCUGCGCCUCCACCUCGACAGAUAUCCAACACUGUUCUUCCACGACAAACAUCAAGACCAAGCGUCGACAUCCAAGGUGACACUAUAAUGUCGAAUGCUCCUGGCCGCCCUUCCGCGGCGGCUCACGCGACUCCUCAGAUGAUUCCAGGCAGCGCCUACCACCAAACCUCGGCAUCACCUGUACCAGGCAUUGGGCGUCCAACCUCUUACCAAAAAUCACAAACAUCAUAUGGAGCUAGCGUAGUCCCGCACACUCCAUCUCAGCCUCUUGCAUACGCCCAGCAACCCCAAGUAACCCCUUCAGCUGCCCAUCCAAGCAGCUACAACCCUCCAUCAAACGCCCAAACCUUUACCCCACGUGUCCCGCCACCGAAUCAGCCUGUCUCAUCAGCAACGCAGGGCUACCAUCAUUCCACUACCCACCAUAACCAAGUCUCUCAUCGCCACCCUGAAGUCUACGUGAUGUCCGAUGCAGCCAACGCCUCGAUACCCCUGGAAAUUCGACAACAAUUCCCAUGCGAUGACAACGGCAGGGUUUUGUGGUUCACUACCCCUCCCCUCAACAACACUGUAACUCCCCUGAACAUCGUCUCACCUAGGGAUGGGAAGCCCUUGGCGCAUACCCCGGAGUAUCUGGCCGCGAAGGAAAAGCGAAAGAAGCUGAUCGAAGAGAGAAAGAGACAGAUCCAGGAUAGGUCAACAGCCGCGAACCAAAGUGCCGAAGCAGAAAACCGCACUGAGAACGAUGGCCAUCCAAGCUCGAAGCGCAGGAGAGUUACAGAUGUCGAGGUCGGCACCCUCGUCCUGCAAACUUUGACAGACCGGGUUCUCGAUGCGAACAAGGAGUGGUAUAAGUCUCAAUACGGAGACUGUGCCGAAGAGGCGGAAGCAUUCGAUGCUGUAAGGGCGGAGGAGAGGAGAAUGGAGGUGGAAGCCAAGAAGGCGUAUUUUGAAGAGAGGAGGAAAGUGGCGGAGGAAAGAAAGGAGAAGGAGAAGGCAAUGGAGGGAAAGCUCUGGCUGAUGGUGUUCAAUAAUCUUGUACAACCUGAGUCCUGGUAUGGCCUUUCCUUUCCACCAAGAGCCAACUCGCGGAACAGCUCACCUGGUGUGGAAGAUGAGGACGAGAACUCCCAUGUCGACAACUAUCUUCGAGAACUCACAAAUCCGGGUUCUCCGAAUAUCGACAUUGUUGCCAUCCACGGUCUCAAUCCAGGGAAAGCCAACCAUGGCGAGCGCACAUGGAGCAAGAACAAAUUCUUGUGGCUUCAAGAUGAGAAAUUCCUGCCGGGCCAUUUCCAACUGCCAGAAUCCUGCUCUUCGGUUAUAACUCAAGAGUAG